UCCGGUCUCUUUUCGGUGGUGGGCUCCUGAGACAGUCCGCAAAAAUGAAGCUGAAUAUCUCCUAUCCCGCCACUGGCUGUCAGAAGCUGAUUGAGGUGGAUGACGAGCGUAAGUUGAGGACGUUCUAUGAGAAGCGCAUGGCCACUGAGGUGUCCGCCGACCCUCUGGGAGACGAAUGGAAGGGUUACGUUGUGCGCAUCAGCGGGGGUAACGAUAAACAGGGUUUCCCCAUGAAGCAGGGUGUUCUGACCCACGGCCGUGUGCGUCUGCUCCUCAGCAAAGGUCACUCCUGCUACCGCCCCCGCCGCACCGGAGAGCGCAAACGCAAGUCAGUCCGCGGCUGCAUCGUCGACGCUAACCUCAGCGUGCUCAACUUGGUGAUCGUCAGGAAAGGUGAGAAGGACAUCCCGGGGCUGACUGACAGCACUGUCCCUCGGCGUCUGGGCCCUAAGAGAGCCAGUAAGAUCCGGAAGCUCUUUAACCUGUCAAAGGAGGACGACGUCCGACAGUACGUGGUCAGGAGACCCCUGACCAAGGAGGGUAAGAAGCCCAGGACCAAGGCCCCUAAGAUCCAGCGUCUGGUGACGCCCCGCGUACUGCAGCACAAGCGCAGACGCAUUGCCCUGAAGAGACAGCGCACACAGAAGAACAAGGAGGAGGCUGCAGAGUACGCCAAGCUGCUGGCCAAGAGAAUGAAGGAGGCGAAGGAGAAGCGUCAGGAGCAGAUCGCCAAGAGGCGCCGUCUCUCCUCCCUUAGGGCCUCCACAUCCAAAUCCGAGUCCAGCCAAAAGUAGACACAACAAAAAUGCACGUCGCCAAUAAAACACCAUGGUUUUGCUGAAA